AUGGAGGUGGUGGAGACCGAGGCCGAGGCUGCAGCCAUAGAGUCCCUGGCCCAGCUGGCAAACAUCCUGGAGCCUAUAGGCCUGCAGGAGAAGGUGGAGGUGCCUGGACAGGUCCUGGCUGAGUUUGUGAUGGAUUUCCGAAAGAAGAACAAGGUGCUCUGCAGCCAUCUUCAAGCAGUGGACUUCCUGCAGAACUUUUUGGCUCAGGAGGACAUUGUCCAGGGCCUGGACCCCUUGGCUUCUGAAGACAGGAGCCGACAGAAGGCAAUGGCAGCCAAGGAGCAAUGGAAAGAGCUGAAGGCUACCUACCAAGAACACGUGGAGGCCAUCUCAAGGGCCGUGAUCCAGGCCCUGCCCAAGAUGGAGGAGGCCGAAAGGAAGCAGGCACAGCUCCAGGAGGCCCUUGAGCAGCUCCAGGCCAAGAAGCAAGUAGCCAUGGAGAAACGCAGAACAGCCCAGAAGCAGUGGAAGCUGCAACAGGAGAAGCGUCUACAGCACUUGGCAGAAGUUUCUGCAGAGGUGAGGCAGCGUCAGGCAGGAACUCAGCAGAAGCUUGAGCAGCUUCGUCAGGAACUUGGAACCUUGAAGCAGCAAGCAGGGCAGGAGCGGGACAAGCUGCAGAGGCACCAGACCUUCCUUCAACUGCUAUACACCUUGCAGGGUAAGGUGCAACCCCCUGAGACGGAGGCAGAGCUACCACAAGACUUGGAUCUUCCUGAGGAUAAAUCCCAGCUGCUGACCCAAUCCCAGGAGCAGACCAGAGGGGAUACCGUGGGGAGAGAUGGAAGUGUGUCCUCCAAGGAUGCAGGCUCACCUGUUGGCUUCUGGAGGAACUCAAAUGAAGACAGCCUCUACAAUCUUAAACUUUGUCUCCCAAAGAGUCCUUGA